AUGAGUACCACGACCAUCAGCACCACAGUGGCGCGUGCCCAGCAGGGAGACGACGAGCAAAUGUCCUCGAACACGCCGUUCAAUACCCAUACAUGCCCACCUGCGUACUCCAGGGGCCUUACAAGAGAAGACGACAACGACAACAGCUCGCUGCGAGCACCGGCCCACGCUCAGCACGAGCUGCCAGCAUACACUGAGGUCUUGCACACAUGUCCCACCCCAACACGCACAGACACGAAGCCAGCAGGGCAUGCGGACGACGAGAAAGCCACCCUGGCCGCGUACUACUCUGACGACAAGCACCCUGGAAAAACUGAAAGCCGUCCAUCUACGAGCUCGGCACGCUCCGCCUUGUCAUAUGCUUCUUCUUCCUCGACAACAGCAAAGUCGAACAAGAGCAGUGUCUUCCUACACAACUUCGUCCCAACGGUCCAGCUGCAGAUCCAGCACGGCGGCAAACCCUGGCUGUCCCUUCCCUUCAGCCCGCGGCCAGACCCGAUACCGAUCUUCCCCGUCGUCCCCUUCGCCAAGGACGUUGCUGCUGGCUACGACGACGACGACGACGAAACAGCCCUCGGCGUCAGGCCCGUCUAUGUCUCCGUCCGCCCCGAGCGGAAUAGCGGAUCCAGCAUACUCAUGACGGGCGAGCAGUUCGCUUCGUAUAGUCAGGCCGUGGCAAAUGGACAAUUACCUGCCGCCAAUAACAGCAGCAGCAGCAGCAGGAACCCGCCACAGGAGCUCGCGAGCACGACGUACCGGUUCGGACCAAACCACCCGCCCAUGGUGGCCCUGCUUGUCCGGGACAAGGCAAAGGGGGGGUGGCAGCGUCCUCAAUUCCCCGUCCAGAGCAAAGGCGUUGUCACCAGGGCGGUGGAGUUCUCGGUGCCAAAGAUGUGCUUUCCUUCCACUGUCUCGCUGUCGCUGCCAGCUACGAAAGUGAUCGAUCAUAAGUUCACUUGGCGAUAUGCGAGCUCGCGGGAGAGGGCUGCCGUCGGCCGCUUCAUCGCAGCUGGCACCGCCAGAACAAUCGGACACAGUGCUGAAUGCGGCAAGGGAAAGGAUAAGGACACCAGCGUGCCGAAUAGUGUGCUUGUCCUCGAGCGGGCAAUUUCGACGACGACCACCACCACCACCACGACAGGCCAGAGCGAGAAGGCACAACCGCAGGACGGGGAUCAUGCGAAAAGAAGCAAGUCCCCAAGGCUCACGACGAAGAAUACACAUAAGCAGGUGGUGGCCCUGCUGGUCCGGAGCGAGGAGCUGCGCAGCCCAGGCAGCUCGGCCAGUUCUGCAGGCAAUGGAGGACGGCUUUUCAUCGACCUGCGAUCUUUCGAGGGCUGUGGUGAUAAUGAUGGAGGUCAGGCCGGGCAUGCCUUUGACGCCUCCAACACUGUUAGUAUCGAGGAAUCGCAAGGCGACAUGGACUCCAGGGGCGACAAGGAGCUCGGGCAGCGCAUGGUCGUCACGACGGCGCUCGUCAUGCUUAAGCGCGAGGUCGAUCGCCGGCGGGCGAUGCAGAUUGGUGCUUUGGCCGUCGGUAUUGGUGGUGUAUGAUCCUAAGACGAGAGGCAGCAGGAUGUGGCUGGGUCGGAUGUGGAUGACAUGGUUUGCACGGCGGAUGGCUUGUUGAAGGCUUCGACUGCCAUGGAUGUGCUCUGUGCGGUGUUGCCAUUUUUACAAAUUGCUUUUGGCAUUAGAUGUUCUCUUGUCUGCAGAUUUUCACAACGUUUUCAGUCUCUCGUCUCCUUUCUGGUCUAUUGCUGGGGCGAUUAGCAAGGGGACAAGAUGCACU